UAAAGUAACCCUUGACUCUGCUCAUUCCAUAAACUCCUCUCAUCUCUCUCACCAAACAUAAAAAGUUCUCUUUUUUCGCCUCUUCUUCUUCGUUUUCUGGUUAUCUGGUGAAACUACCCACCAACGGUUCUUGGGUCGAGGGGAAUCGUACAAAAUCUAAUAUCGGACGAGUCAUCUUCUUCUGCAACCAUGGCUAUGCAGGAACAUUGUGAGAGUUUAUGCGACAGAGCUUCGGAUGAGCUUAUUAUCUCUUCCACGGAUGCCUUUUGUCUCAAGACAAGAAAGCCUUACACCAUCACUAAACAAAGAGAGAAGUGGACAGAAGCAGAGCAUGAGAAGUUUAUAGAAGCUUUAAAACUCUAUGGCAGAGCUUGGAGACGAAUCGAAGAACAUGUUGGAACAAAGACUGCGGUUCAGAUUCGAAGCCAUGCUCAGAAGUUCUUUACAAAGGUUGCUCGUGAUUGCGGUGUUACCUCUGAGAAAUCCAUCGAGAUCCCGCCUCCAAGGCCGAAAAGAAAGCCGAUGCAUCCAUACCCUAGAAAGCUAGUGAUUCCAGAUGCAAAAGAGAUGGCAUACGCUGCGCUAACCGGCGGCAAGCUGGUUCCAGAUGAAGAUAACCGAUCUCCCACAUCGGUUUUAUCAGCUCAUGAUUCAGAUGGCUUAGGUUCCAUUGGUUCAAAUUCGCCUAAUUCUUCUUCAGCUGAUUACCAGGUGCAUGAGUUAUCAUCUCACACUGAGGAAUCAUUGUCUCCUGAAGCUGAGACUAAACAACAAAGCCUCAAGCUGUUUGGGAAGACUUUUGUAGUUGGUGGUUACAACUCUCGGACAAGCUCUAUUGAUUCAGAAGAUGUCAAGAAGAAGUCGGACUUAGAAACGCAGUCUGUUCGAUGUUCUUCAUCUUCUUCUUCUUCUUCAGAAAACGCUGAAACAGAAUUGACAACACAGGUAGUUGUAGUACUAUCGGAGGAGUUUAAAAGAAGCGAGAGAUCAGCAUUUUCUCAGUUGAAAUCUUCUGCGAUUGGGAUGAAGAAUAUGAAAGGGUUUAUGCCUUACAAAAAACGGAUAAAGGUGGAAGAAAACAGUUUAGUGAAAACGUCAUAUCCAUUGUGGUGAGGUGUUUUUUUGUAAACCUUUUAUUAAGUCAGUUUGUGAAAGUCUUUUGAUAUCAACUACAGAUCCUGUGUAUAAAUUUGUCAAGAGAGCUAGGGACAGUCAUCUUGUUUGGGGUUUCAUUCGUAAGAGAAGUCCAAAGUUCCCAAGUAUUUCCUGUAACCAGUAUGACAUUGAUGUAUCUAAUAGUGUGAAGUUUUCUUGUU